ACCCAAAAUAUAUGAAAACAUGAUCAUGACAGUAACUUCCCUAUAGUUUUCAGCAUAUCCAUAUUAUGUUGCUUUGAUGUGCCGUCUACUCUCCCACCCACCUCUCCAAACUGACAGUUGCACCCGAAUCAGCAGCAGGAGAGGAAAUUCUGUGACUUUAGGAAGGAAGCGAGUGUCACGCAUCACUGCCGGCCAGUAUCUAAAGAGACAGGUUAACAAACAGGAAGCAAAAAUUACAGCAUAUUGUUUUUCAUGUUACAAAAAGCAUUAUUGUGCUUUCAUAUUGUGACAUUGAAUAUUCCUGGGACCUGCAAGGGGCACUGAAAGAAAGUAGAGAAAGAAGAUGUUAUAGUUUUGUGCAGGUAGAAGAACGUGUGUGCAAACGGCGCUCAUAUACUGAUAGGUCGUCCCUCUCAUGGACAGUGGGAUGAACACAUGGAGCACUCGCUGGAGACCUCAUUAGUUCCCUGUGGGAAAGACAAGUUCAUUUCCAAGAAUGAACUGCUGUCACAUCUGAAAAAUUACAACCUGUACUAUGAAGGACAAAACCUUCAGCUACGGCACCGAGAGGAGGAGGAGGAGCUGAUUGUGGAAGGAUUGCUUAACAUCUUUUGGGGCUUAAGGCGCCCUAUCCGGCUUCAGAUGCAGGAUGACAACGAGCGAAUUCAUCCCCCGCCUUCCUCUACUUCCUGGCACUCAGGAUGCAACUUAAUUACACAACGGCCUGUGGCUAAACCCGUCACCAUCCCUGACAUCCAGAUCACAGAAGCCGAGGAUAAUCCCACCAGUACAGGUGAGGAGGAAACAAAAACUGUUGAAGAGGACACCCCCCAGCUGAUGCGUACCAGGAGUGAUGUUGGGGUGCGGAGGAGAGGGACCCACCAUACGCCAGGGGAGCAGAGACGCUUUAAACGCCAUCGCUUCUCCAUUAAUGGGCACUUCUACAACCACAAGACAUCAGUAUUUACUCCAGCGUAUGGCUCAGUCACCAACGUGCGGAUAAACAGCACAAUGUCCACUCCCCAGGUCCUGAAAUUGCUUCUCAACAAGUUCAAGAUUGAGAAUCCGGCCUCAGAGUUCUCUCUGUACAUAGUGCACACCAGUGGAGAGAAAAGAAAGCUGAAGGACACCGAUUAUCCUCUAAUUGCACGGAUUCUGCAUGGGCCUUGUGAGCAGGUGUCUAAGGUUUUCCUCAUGGAGAAGGACCAGGUGGAAGAAGUCACUUAUGAUGUGGCCCAGUACAUCAAAUUUGAAAUGCCAGUUCUGAGCAGUUUUAUCCAGAAACUCAAGGAGGAAGAGGAUAGAGAGGUGGACAAACUAAUGACGAGGUACACCUCCUUGAGGAUGUUAAUUGAACAGCGUUUACAAGACCUGGCAAGAUGUCAUGCCACCAUGUAGGCCCUCGAUGGGUUUUUCCUGACCGUAACCAAAAUUUCCCUUCUAUUGGAAUGGCAACCAAACAAGGGUCUGCUGGGGGAGGGGGUUGCAAUUUUUUUUAUUGGAAGCACAUAUUGCAUAACCCCCUUUUCUGCAAGGAGGUAUAGCUCUGCUGCAGAGCACCCAGUUAGCCAUUUAUAAUAAUGCUUCUUGGCACCACAAUAACUGGUCAGCGUUUUGCUUCUUGAUACUUUAUUGGGUUAGUACCUGGCUCUCUGUGUUCCUGUUACAUUCUGAUAGCAGCUUCUGGCUUUAGUUAGACUUUAGGAGCCUACAAGUCAAUAAAUGCACUAAUAUCGCCCCCUUUUCUUCACCUCAAUACAGAAAAUGUUUUUUUCUGAUGCUUUAUUUUAAAGACAAGGUGAGCCAGUCAUCUUACGGAUAUAAUGACCAGUAGGAAGUUCUCUAGCAGACAGGCAGUAUUUCAGUAAAGAAGCAUAUGCCUUAUAGAGGAACCCCAGGGAGUAGGCACCAUUUUGUCUUGAGAUGCAGCAUGCCCGCAAAAAAACUUGGCUGUAGGAGAGGAUUUUAGUCAAUCGAGAAAGGUACAAGUUCAGAAGAUCUCGAUUUGCAAGAGGUGUAAGUGGAAAGCACAGGAAUUCUAUCAUUCCAUGGCACAAGUAAUAAAAGCACAGAAAGUGUUCAGUAUUUUUACAGUAGGGAAAGCUGAAUGAUUUGCCUUUAACAGGGUCCCACUAGCUUGCCUUCUUAUUGGGUUAGAAGAACAUGAACUCUUCCUCGGCAUUGUCACGGGGACAGGGCCCAGCACUGCAAUACUUAUGGGAUAGGAGUGUAUUUUGUACCUUUUUGCUUUUUUCAUUUUUUUUAACACGAGCUUCUCUGUGUAACAUAUUGUCUUAUAUCUAUGUGAAUUUUUACAGUGAAAAUGCUGAAUUUAUGGCACGUCGGCCAAUUUCCUUCUGAAUAAAGCACUUUGCAGACUG